AUGGAUUUUGAUGAUAGCUGUCGUUUUCUGGAGAAUAAUUUUGAUCAAUUUUGCUUGGCGAAUUUACUUUCCCCAAAUGAUUUCGGAAUCAGUGCUAACAAUAUCAUUGAACAGAGCGAUGAUCAGCUUUCGGAGGUCAUUGAGAAUUUAAGAUCCGAUUUGAAUUCAUACAAUAACGAUGGAGUACUUUCACCGGAUGAUUCGUCGAUAUUCGAUACUGUUACACUUGACAAUGAUUUUAUCAAUCAAAUAUUGUAUGAUAAUGCUUCUCCAUCCACUAGUGAUUCCGGAAAUUAUUCACCAACAUGCUCUAAUUCAGAUGAUCAGAGUGCUUCUGAUAGUGAUCGAAUUACAAAUGUCGUCCAGGCAAUACAAAUACAUCAAUUAGAAUCGAAAUUUGCUGCAGUGCCUAAUCCAAGCCGCCUUAUUCCAGUUCAUAUCCCUGUUCAGCAGAUUGUAACGAAUGGUAAAAGUACAUCAAGUCAUCCAAUGAUUUGCAUUAUGCCGGCACAAACCCACGCUAGCUCUUGCAAUUCCCAACCAGCUGUCAAUCAAGGUAAGCAGCGCAUGCUGUCGCCAAAACAUGAGGGAUCAUCAUCAACAUCGAUAUUUGCAAGCGCUCCUGUUAAGAAUGUAAGAAUAGUUGUAUUUACUCCUGUGAAUAACCUUUUCAAUACAUUGUCAAAUGGUGUUGCACACCAUUUCGAGCCACAACGAUGUACCAAAGUGGAUGUUCAUUUUUCGGAUUACGAUCGUAAGAAGGAAGAUCGGAAAAUACGGAACAGAUAUUCGGCACAACUUUCACGAAUCCGGAAAAGAAAUGAAAUCGAUGAAAUGAAACGAAAUUUGGCUAAUAAAGAUGUCACUAUUGAAAAAUUAAAGAAUGAAAUCGAAAAUUUAAAAGGAACUAUUGAAACUUUGCGAAGAGAGAAUGAAAUGUUGAAAUUAAAAGCUAAUAAUCAAAGCAGCCCUGGUCAUUUAAGUAUGCUAGCUGGCGCUGUUUGCCUUUUCGGAUUUGUUUCGUUGUUAAAUUUGGACCCAGUUCGUGAUAUAAAAAGUCUUCCUGCAUUGAAUCUUGCGAAAUCAAAUGUAUAUUCGAUGCGAAAAAGAGUAAAUACUGGUCGAGCUCUUCUUUCUUUGGAUUAUCAUGGAGUUACGGAAUCGAGAGAAAAUUCACAGUCAAGUAAGAAGUCCGGUUUCUUAUCCCAUUCAAACCUGAACUAUUCGGUAAACUGCGAUAACAUGCAGAAGAAAUAUUUAAAUCAUACUGAAGCAAUGAAAUUGAAUAACGAUGUCUUUGCUUGGAUUAACAGACAUGAGUGUUUGCAAUUUAUGCAUAUUCGACGUAUAUUUCGUGUUCCAAUAUACAAAGGAUCGACUACUCCUAAUGUGACUAUAAAAUCCAUACGAGAUGAUGAACGGAGAAAAAUGGAUAGAGAAAAUCGCCGACAACGGACAGCAAUUGACAAAAUGGAAGCUGCGCGUUUGAAAGCGGUACGUGAACGUGCGUGGCGACAUAUCGAUAUGAUUAGCUCCAGUGCCGACAAUACAGCCAUUAAAUCGCAAGUUAAAACGAUGGAUUACGAUGUUAUGAGUCCAGAACAUUUCUCAACUAAUUGGUUGAAAGAUAAAACAGAUGCACUUACGGCUCUGGACAUGGAAUCGCAAUAUGCGGAACUUGCUCGGAAUUUAAAACAGCGCGAAGAUACACUUUACAUUGUUGCAAUGAAGAAUUAUUAUUUACUGCCGGCAACAGAUCGAAAUGGCAUUAUGCAACCACGUAUGGCUCUCAUUUUGCCUGCUCUAUCAUUCAAUGGUACAUUACCGAAUCAGGUGGCAAUGAUGCGUCUGGAAUGUGAUAUUACAGGAACUGGAUUGUUUCAUCUUCCAAGCUCACUUCUGCCUUUAUUUUAUGACCACUCAUCUCGCCAAUAA